AUGAUUGCAGCGAAACGUGAACAGUGCUUUGUGCUGUCCGAACCUCUGAAGAUUAUAGCUAAAAAAGAGCUUAAUGAAGAUUCCAAGCAAAUAAACGCCAACAUUGUGAGCUUCAGAAGAUGGAUUAAAGCUAUGCCUCAUCUGACCGUGGACAUAGGCUUGGCGCCGGAGGAUUUCUGCCCUAACGCUGCCAAUUUUCAGAGAUCUUCCAUUUACUCGGCAAAUGAGGUAGGAGAUGGAAAUCUCAUCGAGCAUGUCUUCAAUUGCCCGAAGCAAGUGUCACAGUUUACUCAGCGUUAA